UUCCACCAAUCCAGCCGGCCACAGUCGAGUCUAGGUGCAUGUCAUGGUUCAAUUCCUGCCCCUGGCUGGAUAAUUUCACCAUUAUUUUUUUGGCUGUCCAUCGAGAUGGCUCCAUCAAAAAGAAGGAGAUCAAAAGCUGCUACCAAAGUCCAUGCCUCUAGUUCCCAGCCUGAGGCCAAUGGUGUCCCCCCAGGCCCGACCACUACCAGUGCUGAGGAUACUAAUGUGGAGUCCGUCAUCAGUGCUAGCAUAAACGCUGCUAGUGGUGGUGGUGUUCGCCUUACUAGGAGCAGCUCGCUGGAUGGCUAUGUGUCAGAGGGAGGAGACAGGAAGAGUGAGGGGAAGGGCAAGCGCAAGAGAAUAUUCAUAGCCAGAGAUUCUAUCUUAACAGCGUUGUGUCGUGAUGACCCUAACUUCCGCUCCUUGUAUCACGCCUUCAUGGUCAUGGUAGUCACUGCUAUACUGUACUCUAUGCUCAAGGAUAGUGUGGAGGCUGCAAGUCCACACAUAGACUUUAGGAUGUUUACCUCUGGAUUUGGCCCCCCCCACCAAUCCCUUAUCAUGCUGCUUGUGUGGACACCAUUACAGAUGGCAGCUCUAUUAGUGUACCCAGCAUUCAAGGUAUGGGAAUGGGCCCAUCCAAGGUUUGGGAGAGUCGCUGACUCAGCAGCUAUUGUCAUGAUGAUAGCGUACAACUUCCUGGCUCACUGUGUAGUGGUUGCAUCCAUCGUGCACCUUGACCUCCCAUCCAUCCCAUCAGUAGUCAUUGCCCUUGAGCAACUUCGUUUCUCUCUCAAGAGCUACUCAUUUAUUCGUGAGAAUGGGGUCAAAGUUCUUCGUCCGUGGAGCAAGGAUGAUGAGGAUGGUCCGCAUAUUUGGUACGGAGGUCAAAUGGAGGUCACCGUGGGGUCAUUUAGUAAGUACCUGUACUUCUUGCUUGCUCCCACUCUCAUAUAUAGGGACAACUAUCCGAGGAUACCAAGAGUCAGACCUCUUCGUGUCCUCUCUCACUUUAUUAAGUGCUGCAUAUCGCUGGCAUUUGUGUCCAUUAUUGUCAAGGAAGUGUUUGGUGCGAGCUUCACACAAGAUUGGCAGCUACUGGCUAAGAUGUUCCUCUCUUGCAUGCUCUGGGGGCUCAUCCUCCAGUUCAUGGCUGGCUACUUCUUCCUUCACUGUUGGAGCAACCUUUUUGGAGAGCUGCUCAGAUUUGCUGACAGGCAGUUUUAUUCUGACUGGUGGACAUGCAACUCAUUCUCUCAGUUCUACCGCAAGUGGAACCUUCUUGUACAUGACUGGAUAAAAGCCUACGUUUAUCAGGACUUGAAAAACAAAUUCAAGAAUCCUGUGUUCAACAAGAUGGCAUUUGUCCCGUGUAUCUUGAUGUCAGCCAUCUAUCAUGAGUAUGUGUUGUGGGCUCCACUUCGUUUCGUUCUCCCAGUGUUGCUAUUGCAAUACUCCACCUUUGGCCUAUUGUUAUUUGCUCUGAAGCCAAGUUCCCACUCUUCAUGGAACUACUUGAUUCAUGUUGGACUGCAAGUGGGCGUGUCCCUCAUGGUAUUCUGUUAUGUGAUGGAAUUCAACGCACGAAUCACAUGUCCCAAAGAAGAGAAUGCAGUCAAUACUUUCGUACCACGAUUCUUGGAGUGUUAUUUCAAGAACUUAACUAAAUCAUAACUAUAAUUAAUUAUAUCUACCCAACCCUUGUAAUGAUUACCCCUUAACAACAUUAUUGAUGUAUUCUUUUUCUUGUACGUGUGAAUAAAUGUUGUGUGUUGGUUGACAAUUAAGAUAAUUGAAAGUUAUGAAA